AUGGAGUCUGCAAAUCUUUAUCAUAACGAUGAGGAAGUUGAAAUGAAUUUGUGUAAAGGAGAAAAAGAGGACUCUAAAACACAUGAGGAUAUUUCAGAGUUAAAACGGGAUGUUUGGGCCAACAAAAUUGAAUAUCUGUUAUCCCUGAUUGGAUACACCGUCGGUCUUGGAAGUGUGUGGCGAUUUCCGUACCUUUGUAUGAAAAAUGGGGGAGGAGCGUUUCUGGUCCCUUUCUUUCUGUUUACCGUGCUCUGUGGGUUCCCGUUGUAUGUGAUUGAGAUGACUGUCGGCCAAUUCUCUGGUAGGAGUGCCAUGGUAGCAUGGGGACUAUGUCCAUUACUAGAGGGCAUGGGCUAUGCCAUGGUUCUCCUUGGGACUACUGUCACGUGGUACUAUGGACUGAUAGUAGCCUGGGUGCUGUUGUACCUCGGCUAUUCGUUCUUCCCGACACAACCCUGGUCAACAUGUGACAAUGAAUGGAACACUGAUCGAUGUGUCGUACUAAGGACUGGGUAUUCUGACCCGAACAACAGUUCCGGUUACCAUGAACUCUCUAACAGCACUAGAAUGUAUGGUGUGUCCAACGUCUCCGUGGAUUUCUCCGGAUCUCUCUCUAACAAAUCGACACAGAUCCAACAAGAUUUUUAUCCAACCGCCGCCACCGAAUUCUGGCGAUACAAAAUAUUGAACGAAUCAUCAGGAAUAGAAGAUUGGGGAUCCAUUCAAUGGCAUCUGGUAAUUGCAUUGAUCUUCUCCUAUACAUCCACCUUUCUCUGCAUCAUAAAGGGAGUGAAAUCUGUUGGCAAGGUUGUAUACGUGACAGUCAUUGGGCCUUUCGUCUUACUGAUUGUGAUACUGAUAAGAAGUUUGUGCCUUCCGGGAUCUUUUGAUGGAGUAUUGAUGUAUCUGGCACCGGAUUUCUCCAGACUCUGGCACUUCCAGGUAUGGCUAGAAGCGGCUUUACAGGUUUUCUACUCGCUUGGACCAAUCUGGGGAGGUGUCGUCACCAUGGCUAGCUAUCAGAAGUUCCAUGGAAACUUAUUGAGGAGCACCAUGCUAAUCGUCGCAGUCGACACCUUCAGUAACUUUCUAUGUGGUCUUGUUGUUUUCUCCAUUAUGGGAGUCCUAGCUUAUGAGGCUAAUCUCUCCAUUGAAGAGGUUGCAGAAUCAGGUCCUGGCCUGGUAUUUUUAGUGUAUCCAGAGGUCCUUGCUCGCAUGCCUCUACCACAACUGUGGGCCGUCAUUUUCUUCUUCCUGUUGUUUACCAUUGGACUCGAUAGUCAGUUUGGUGUCCUUGAAGCGACCAUCAGUGGAUUUGCCGAUAUGUACCCUAGAUUUCUCGGAAAAAAGAAACCACAUCUUAUCGUAUUUUUCUAUGUCCUAUUUUUACUUACCGGCAUUAUAUUUGCGACACAGGGUGGAGUAUAUCUAUUCCAGUUCAUCGAUUGGUACCUGUCUGUGUUUUGUAUCUUUAUCUUGUCAUUUCUGGAAUGUAUGAUCGCCGGCUGGUUGUAUGGGGCGGAGAGAUUCAGUCGGGACAUUGAGUUGAUGACUGGAAAGAAGGCUUCAGUACUUAUCCGUAUAUCGUGGUGUAUUCUUACACCCCUAGUUAUGAUGAUGGCUCUAGUUACUGUGGUCAUUAAGUUUGAACCUCCUAUAUACAAGGGAUACAAGUAUCCAGAAUACCUUGGCAUUGUUGGGAUAGUCCUUGCUCUUAUCUGUGUAAUCCCUGUCCCAUUCAUCGCCUGUAAACGACUUCUGCAAACGCCUGGCACGAUAAAGGAGAGAAUGGCGAUACUUGUCACUCCAUCUCGAGAAUGGUAUCCCCAUGAUAAAGAGGAAAGAUUAACGUACCAGAUGUACAAAUACAAGGGCGGCAUUCGGCGGAGAAUUCGGGAAAACUUGUGUGGAUCUCGGGAUUAG